UGAUAGCGCCACAGCAGCGCCACAGUGUCGUCACGUGUCAGAUCAUGUGACAAAGAAGAGAGGCGAGACCCAACAAAACACGGAACACAAGUCGGUCGUUUUAAACCUCAUCCGUCCAUCGAGUAACGAGGUCAACGCGGCGGUCCAGGCAGUGUGUUAGGCUCAGAGGUCAGAGGUCAUGUCGUCUGCCGUCGAGAGGACGGACGAGCUGGUCAGGGAGUACCUGACGUACCGCGGCUUCAGCUCCGCCCUGAGACACCUGGACACGGAGAUCAAAGCGGACCGCGAGCGAGGCCUCAGGGUGGAUCGUAUCGUGGAGCAACUGCUCCAGCUGGUCUUGACCUUCGACCUGUCAGCUCUGCGUGACUACUGGGGUCACCUGGAGCGCCGCCUGUUCUCCCGCCUGCAGGAGGGCUACGCGCCUGCCGUCGCUAAGCUAACCACUAGCCUGUACCGCUACUAUGUCGUCAACGCCAUACAGAAAGGGAACCAGGAAAGGACCCAGGAGUUUUUUCAGCGAAUGGGGGCGGAGCUUCAGGGGGCCGCGGAGUGGCGUGAUUGGUUCGCUCUGCCCUUCAUCUUUGCGCCUGAGCAGAACCCCACCUUCGCGCUGUACUUUUCCCGCCAGUGGACUGACACCUUCCUGGUGUCCCUGCACAACUUCCUGUCCGCACUAUUCCAGUGCAUGCCCCAGCCAGCGCUGCUGAGCUUCGACGCCGAGCUACAGCACACCACCAUGCUAGCAGAGGAAAAUCAGCAGCUACGACAGAUGUUGUUUGCGCAGCAGAGCUCGGGCCGUGCGGCCGUCCAGGAUCCCCAGGGGGCGAUGGAGAGCCGGGUCCAACACAAGCUGCCGCCCUACGUCCAGCACAUGGACCGCCUCGGAGACAGCGAGCUAGACUUAAUUUCGAGCCAGCGAGCUGCAUCACUAGCUAGCGGCGUUAGCUGUGUAGCGGCAGCUAGCCCCUCCUCCCGGAACUUCUUCUCUACGUUCCUACCGCAGGCUAAGCGCAGCAGCAUCCCGGCCAGGAACUCCCAGCAUGGCCCCGCCUCCUCUUCCUCCUCACCCAAUCAGAGCAGCCUGGGCCGGAAGGAGCCCUGCACAGCCAAUCAGGGAACAAAGUCCAAGGAUCCAGCAUCAGUCAAGGACUCCAAGUCCACCUCGUCGGCCAAUCAACAACCAGCGCCCAGCGACCAGGCGGGCCAGUCCUACCCCAGACAGAGACGCCAUCAGGACCACGAGAAGGAACGCAAGGAGCUGUUCUCUAAACCACCCCCACUGACGGCCGACGCAGGCGAGGCCGAUGCUGUGGACUCCGCCCCCUGCGAUGACACGCCUCCUGACUCCUCCUCUUCCUCAACUACCAGAGGGGCGGGGCUUGAGACGGAAGGGGGCGGGGCUUCCUCUGAGCCUCCCUUCAUCAAGUUGAGCCAAGAAGAGUACAGCGAACACCACUCCUCCAUCAUGCACUGCAGGGUUGAUGUUUCAGGUCGUCGGGUGGCUAGCUUGGACGUUGACGGGGUUGUCAAGGUGUGGUCAUUUAACCCCAUCAUGCAGACCAAAGCGACCAUAAUGUCCAAGUUUCCUUUGCUGUCUCUAGAAUGGGCGAGCAAGCCUGACCGACUGCUGUUAUUAGGCAGCGCUGUUGGAACCGUUAGACUUUACGACACAGAAGCAAAGAAGAAUCUUUAUGAGAUGACCAUUGACGACACACACCCUCGUAUCCUGUCACUCGCCUGCAGCCCGAGUGGCUCGUCGUUCGUCUGCUCCGCUGCGACAGCAGCAUCCGCUGCUGUUCCCGCCACUGGGCCCCGUCCCUCUGUAUCCACGGCGACCGGCCGCCUGUUGCUCUGGGAUACCAAGACUGUCAAACAGCAGUUGUCAUUAGAUUCCGAGACUGCAGCCAUCAACUGCUCAUCGUUCAACCACAACGGAAACCUGCUUGUGAGUGGAGGAGCUGAUGGCGUCAUACGACUGUUUGACAUGCAGCGGUGUGAGAGUGCUAUGAGCUGGAAAGCUCACGAUGGAGAGGUGUAUAGCGUGGAGUUCAGCUACGACGAGAACACCGUCUACAGUGUAGGAGAGGACCGCAAGUUUGUCCAGUGGAACAUCCACCGCUGUGGCGUGAAGCAGUCGGAGCAGCAGCUUUCCCAGGAUGCAACAGGUCCCUUUGUUCUGUCGGGCUAUAGUGGAUACAAGCAGGUCCAGGUCCCGAGGGGUCGUCUCUUCGCCUUCGACUCGGAGGGGCGCCACGUGUUGACGUGUUCGGCUCAUGGGGGGCUGAUCUACAAGCUGACCAAUGGCGAGGCUGGGGGAGGGGCCCUGGAGGAGCAGGCAUCCCUGUCGCUAGGCGGACACCGGUCGCCCGUGGUGACGCUGGACUGGAGCUCAGCGCUGGACUGUGGCACCUGCCUCACAGCCUCCAUGGACGGCCGCAUCCGAGUGAGCACACUCCUGGCCCACAAGUCUGACUGACUUGGCAUGGUUAGCAUUAGCAUUAGCAUGGUAUGCCUUAUCAUGCGCAGCACACUCCUUAGCCCUCAAGAUUGGCUGACUCGGCAUUAGAAUGCUAAGCAUUAGCCUAGUUAGCAUUCUGCAAGCCCUGCCAAACUCUUUCUGCCUGUCUUAACUAGCAUCAGCAAGAAUAUGUACCCUAGACAGCACCUGGUGUCAUGGGCAGUGGCAUCAUUUUUGCCCUAAAGUCUGAAAAAUAUGAAUAAAUAAAUCUGAAGACAGCA